CGUCAGCGGGACCACAUGCCCGGGGCAGCCGUGUGACAUCUCCCCUUCUCCCCGCCCCAGUGCCCGCGUCGCUGAGCAUGGACCCGGACACCGCCAACGCUUGGCUGGAGCUGCGGGCGGAUCUGGCGGCCGCCGGACUGGGCGACAAUUGCCGCCCUCUGGCCACCAACCCGCGGCGAUUCGACCCUUCGCCCUGCGUGCUGGCCAGCGAGGGCAUCGAGGGCGGUCGCCACUACUGGGAGGUGGAGGUCGGAGACAAGACGGAGUGGGCGCUGGGGGUGGCGAGGGAGACGGCCGAGAGGAAGGGUCACCUCACUCUCUCCCCCCAGGACGGCUACUGGGCCGUGUGGCUACGCCGGGGGGUGGAUUACCGGGCGCUCACCUCGCCCCCAACCCGCCUGCUCGCCGCCCUCCGCCCUGCCCGGCUGGGGGUGUAUGUGGACUACGAGGCCGGGCAAGUCUCCUUCUACAAUGCCCACGACAUGUCCCACCUCUACACCUUCUCCGCCGCCUUCACCGAGAAGAUCUACCCCUUCUUCAGCCCGGGGCUCCGGGACGGGGGCGAGAACCGGGCCCCGCUCACCCUGUUCCAACUGCGGCUGUAGACUGUUUCUUCCACCCGGCCCGGGACACCGGUCUACAAGGAGGCC